GACAUAACCUUUAUGCUUUGUUUAUUUUGGUGUUUGGUUAGGCGCAAAUUCAAGGAAGGUUUGGUGAUGGUCAAGUGUAAUGUGAAAUUGAUUUAGUUUUCAUACCAUUGCAAUGACUACUCGUAGUACACCUACAAAAAAUGAAGAGAGGCUAUACUGUGAAGAAUUGUUUCGAGAGCUAAAACUACCUGCUGAUCGAAUUAAAACUGUAAUGAGAAGUUCUCCUGAUGUGGAGAAACUAACAACGGAUUCGUUGUAUAUAAUGACCAAGGCAACGGAGAUGUUCAUUCGGGACCUCGCUCGCCGGGCGCACGCUUCGAGCGGGAAAGAGAACACCAUCGACUACAAGCACAUAGCGGAUGUCGUUCAGUCCGAAUCGGCGUUCGAGUUCGUGAGAGAAAUGGUGCCUCACAAGAUAACGUUUAGACAAUACAAGGAAAUGAAAAGACAGAAAGACAAGUUGAAAAAAGGAAAAUAGGAUGAGUUAGAACAUGAAAUUUUUUUUUACUGUUAAUACGUAUUGUAAUUUAUAAGGAUCUAAGAUUUGUUAAACUUGUUUUUAAAAUUGUGGAGGUGUCGUAUUUACCUCCUGCUGAAGUGAUUUAAUUAUUAAUUUGUGUAAUUUUUACACCCACUUGAAGUUGCUCUUGUAGUAAAGUUUUUAAAAUUAUAAAUUGUCCUUUUAAUAUUUAACUGUAGUGAGCGUGCCACUCUGAAGUUCAGUGAUCUAUAAAUUUCAAACUUUAAUUGGUUUGUAUCCGCAAAUUGUAAUCAUCUAUAGUGAAUACUGUCAGAGGGAAAUCAGAGGAAAAUUGGAAUGAGAAAAAAAAAAUGAUUGAAAUAAAAACACCUUACUUUAAAAAAAA